AUGGCGCCAAUCCCGGCACCUCCACACCCUGUGGAACGCGCCACCACAGAGCACUUCCCCGAAAUGAAACCCCCUCUGGCCCAGACCACAGAGCACGUGGCUCCCAAGGGCCCCCUCCCCAGCUGGAGGCUCAGCAGGCAGGCCUCCGAAUGCCAGGCUCCCAUGGAGGGUGGCUGCCGGGAGGAGAGGAAGGGAGAGGAAGGGGAGGCGGGGACUCGAGCGUCAACGUUCUUCCCCUCCCUCCAUUCCACCCACAAAAGCCCCCGGUUCGGUUUCCAUCCCCGUUUGUUUUCCAUUGCAGCUGAGGAGAAGGCCUCCAAAGCUGCCAGCUUCCCCCCGUUGCCCUUGGACUGCCGAGGGGGCCCCAGAGACAGGCCCUCUAACUUGCAAGGCUCCCCGGGCCCCUGCCUGGCCAGCCUGCGUCUCCCUCUUUCCCCUGGACUCCCUGAUUCCAUGGAGCUGGCCAAGAGCAAGAGCAAGAAGCGCCGUAACCGCACGACCUUCAGCACGUUCCAACUGGAGGAGCUGGAGAAGGUCUUCCAGAAAACCCACUACCCUGAUGUGUACGCCCGGGAGCAGCUGGCUCUGCGCACGGACCUGACUGAGGCCCGGGUACAGGUCUGGUUCCAGAACCGGCGGGCCAAGUGGCGGAAGCGUGAGCGUUAUGGGAAGAUCCAGGAGGGGCGGAACCCCUUCACGGCUGCCUAUGACAUCUCCGUGCUGCCCCGCACGGACAGCCACCCCCAGCUGCAGAACUCCCUGUGGUCCAGUCCAGGAUCUGGGAGCCCUGGAGGCCCCUGCCUCGUGUCUCCAGAGGGCAUCCCCUCGCCAUGCAUGUCUCCAUAUUCCCACACCCAUGGGAGUGUGGCUGGCUUCAUGGGGGUGCCAGCCUCCCCUGCGACCCACCCUGGCAUCUACUCCAUUCACAGCUUCCCCCCUGCCCUGGGGGCCCACAGCUUUGAGUCCUCCCCGGACGGUGACUAUAAGUCUCCAAGCCUCCUCUCCCUCAGGGUGAAGCCCAAGGAGCCGCCCAGCCUGCUCAACUGGACCACGUGAUUGGUCGCGUGGACCCGCAGACUAAGCUGCCCACCCCCUUCUCGGUUCCCAGCUGUUCCCGGCCCACCCCUGCCCGGAUGCCAGAGAGGACACCUCUGCCUCCAAGUCCCAGAUGCUUCCGGUGCCUGGGGGAGCAGCUGGGACCCUCAGCCCCCAGCAGGGAACAUGCGACAGGGUCUUUUCUCUUAGAGGGGGCUUCCAAGCAGGUAGGACUCUUCCCUAAGAGGUCCCCCGAAGGGGACUGUCCAAACUCUGGGCUGGAGGCAGGGAGACACUGCCCCGCUUCCUCAAGGUUUUGUCCAAGUCCAACUGUCAUCUCUCCAGCUGAAACGACUUGUUGGCUCUUCAUUCAAGGAACCCAGGACAAUGAGAGAAAGAGGACACAGAAUGAACUGGGAGGAGCUCUUUCUGAGAGCGGGGAAACCACGUCUUGCAUGACCGGCUAGCGUCGGCCUCGCUGCCCCCUCCCACCACCGGGGGGCGCGCGCUCCGCGUCGGGCGCUGACUCGGGCCUGGGAGGCGGAGGUCAGCGUAGCCGGAUCGGGCUCCCCUGCUCCAGCCGGCGCUUGCUCGUGCCCGGUGCCUCCUCUCCCAGCCCGCCGUGGAGCAGUCUUCCCUCCAAGGGGGGCAGAAAUUCCACCAGAAACCCCCGCGUAUGUGGAUUCUCUUCUAUGGGAUCAGCCCAGAGCUCUGCCACGGAUGCCGUAUUGGCUGUUGGUCAGAAUCAAACAGAUUUCCAGACUCUGAGAUCCUGACCCCCAUUUUU